AUGGAUGUUGAGAAAAAGCGAAACAAUGAAACUGGUGCUGAUCAAGGGGGAUAUAUUCAUCAGCACAGCUUCCCUUUAUUUGUUUUAACUGAACUGUCGAAAAUCCGAACGCAUCCGGCCGUUGUUGAAGUACUAUCAACGGGACUUUACAAUGAGCAGUACCGAGCAUUCAUUGAUGAAGUACAUCAGUGCUUGUUUUGCUUGUAUGGGUGCCCGUCGAGGCGUAAACGGCAGCUGGAAGAGCACGGUGGUUCGCAUAAUCAUGAGCCCUCUGCGGAAGAUGUCGAGAAUAUGUUAUCGUUGUUGUUACCCGAAAAAAUACCACCAUACGAUGGCAGUUGCUCUGUUGAUCUCAUCGAAUUUGUACAGAAAAAAGCAUCCUCAUUCUUGGAACCUACGGCGGAAGAAAGUGAAAAGGUAACAUUUUCUUAUUUCGUAAACUUGUUUAGCUAUUGUUUCACUGUAGCGCCUGGUUAUCGUUACCAAAAUGGCAUUACCUGCCUCUUCUUUCUUUCUUUCUUCCAAAAAUCAGGGGAGAAGUACUGGUUAUCGCAUCCAGAAACUGCUAUUUUUCAUUAACC